AUGGCGGUAGGCUCCCCAUGCACAUCGGUCGACUUGAGGCCAGAUGCGCUCUGCAACCCCGAGAACUCCUCGUACGGUUUCCAACCAGAGCUAUGGACAGGCAUCGUCUUCUCUUGCCUUUUCGGUGUGCUGAUGCUCAUCCACAUUGCUCUACUCACAUACCACCGACUCUUCCCCAAGUUCAUGUUGAUCGCCAUUGUCGGUGCAGCAGGUGAACUGGCAGGCUGGAUCGCCCGCACCUACGGACACGUCGACCCAUUCAACCGCAACGGCUACAUCGCCCAAAUCAUCUGUCUCAUUCUCAGCCCAGCCUUCAUCUCGGCAGUCAACUACGUCGCAUUCCAAAACGUUAUGGAUGUGUUUGGCAACAAAUGGUCACGUAUCCCUCGCAAGUGGUACGUCCUCGGCUUCUGUGCCGGAGAUCUUUGCUCGCUCAUCGUACAAGCUGUCGGUGGUGCAAUGUCGGCGGAAGCAGAGACGGAAGAUCAAGUGAACCUCGGGAAAAACGUCAUGAUCGCCGGUGUUACCGUUCAAGUGGCAGUCACAGCUCCUUUCCUCGUGCUCUAUCUGGAUUACAACAUUCGUCGACUAGGCGAUUGGGCCAAAUCCAAGCUGCCGAAACAGGAACGCCCGCAUCAGAAGGUGGAGCUCUUUACCGCUGUGAUUGGUGUCAGUACACUGUUUGUGCUGGUGCGAUGCAUUUACCGUAUCGUAGAGAUGGCUGAGGGUUGGUUGGGAUACUUGGCUACCACAGAGGUGUACUUUGACAUUUUGGAUGCCUUGAUGAUGUUGAUUGCGAUCGCCGUAUUUGUGCCUGUCCACCCUGGUUGGUUCUUGCCGAGGAACAAGGAGAAAGGUCAGGUGUACAAUGCUGCCGAGUUUGUCGAGGUGGAAAAGUCAGAGAGGUCGGCUACCGAGCACUCGCACGUUGGAUCGACACAAGGGACGACUCGUUAUGCUGCUAGCUCACACAGUGGACGCAGUCCUGCUUGA